AUGGACAAAUUUGGCGAUUCUGAAGAUGACAACGAAAAACCCGUCAACUCAACAAGCUCGCAAAAAACUUGUGAUGGAAAAACAAAUUCGAUCGAAUCAAAAGGUCUUCAAAUUGUUGGUGCUUUGUUGAAAAACCCGAUUUUUGGGAAGAUGGUGAAGCAUGGUGUGAAUAAAUUCACACAACCCAAUAAAAAAGAUGGUGAAAUCAACCAGAAGGAUAAAUCGAGAGUUAAAAGUGAGGUUUAAAAAAAGGAAUUUGACGAAAAAUCUGUAAAUUUCAACUGAAAUUGUAAAUAGUUCUUUGUUGUUAAUCGUUGAAAAAUCUACUAUUUUAAGUAUUUAUAUAUUUUUCAAAAUUAAUUGCAGGUUCUACCGAACGAACUAGAAAGUAUCGAGAAAAGUUGAGUAUGAUAAAAAAUGAGAAUCCACCGAUCAAUACAUCUAUUAUUAAUAGAUUGCAUUUAUUAAAAAUGAAAAAGUCGGAUGUUUAUUAUGAUUCAUCGCAAAAAAUUGGAAUUCAAAAUGGCGCUGUUGUUGAUGGAUCUGGUGUUGAUGAAAAAGGGAGUGCGAGUGGUUUGAAUGACUUGCAAUUGGUUGAAACUUCGCCUGCUGAUGAUUGUGAAUCAUCGCAAAAAACUGGAAUUCAAGAAGGCGCUGAUAUUGUUGAUGGAUCUGGUGUUGAUGAAAAAGGGAGUGCGAGUGGUUUGAAUGACUUGCAAUUGGUUGAAACUUCGCCUGCUGUUUAUUAUGAUUCAUCGCAAAAAAUUGGAAUUCAAAAUGGCGCUGUUGUUGAUGGAUCUGGUAUUGAUGAAAAAGGGAGUGCGAGUGGUUUGAAUGACUUGCAAUUGGUUGAAACUUCGCCUGCUGUUUAUUAUGAUUCAUCGCAAAAAAUUGGAAUUCAAAAUGGCGCUGUUGUUGAUGGAUCUGGUAUUGAUGAAAAAGGGAGUGCGAGUGGUUUGAAUGACUUGCAAUUGGUUGAAACUUCGCCUGCUGUUGAUUGUGAAUCAUCGCAAAAAACUGGAAUUCAAGAAGGCGCUGAUAUUGUUGAUGGAUCUGGUAUUGAUGAAAAAGGGAGUGCGAGUGGUUUGAAUGACUUGCAAUUGGUUGAAACUUCGCCUGCUGUUGAUUGUGAAUCAUCGCAAAAAACUGGAAUUCAAGAAGGCGCUGAUAUUGUUGAUGGAUCUGGUAUUGAUGAAAAAGGGAGUGCGAGUGGUUUGAAUGACUUGCAAUUGGUUGAAACUUCGCCUGCUGUUUAUUAUGAUUCAUCGCAAAAAAUUGGAAUUCAAAAUGGCGCUGUUGUUGAUGGAUCUGGUGUUGAUGAAAAAGGGAGUGCGAGUGGUUUGAAUGACUUGCAAUUGGUUGAAACUUCGCCUGCUGUUUAUUAUGAUUCAUCGCAAAAAAUUGGAAUUCAAAAUGGCGCUGUUGUUGAUGGAUCUGGUAUUGAUGAAAAAGGGAGUGCGAGUGGUUUGAAUGAUUUGCAAUUGGUUGAAACUUCGCCUGCUGUUGAUUGUGAAUCAUCGCAAAAAACUGGAAUUCAAGAAGGCGCUGAUAUUGUUGAAUGUUCUGGUUAGUGAAAUUUACACUUAUAUUUUUGAGCAUAUGAGUUUACUAUCAAUUUUAGAUACUUCGAAUCAAACAAUUUCUGUCAGUCAUCGAAAGAGACAAUGUUUGCGCAAAAAUGAGAAUGUUCAUCAUCCUUCAAUUAUUCAAAUAAAACGAGGUAUUUUCUAAAAAAAUAUAUAUCAUUCUCUUAAUUUAUAAAAUUAAGCUCGACUGAUGCAAGAAGAAAAUGAAUAUUUGAAUUGCCCUCUGAUUUACAAUGAAAAGCGAUUUGAUUCCGGAUUGUCAAAUGAUAUAUUUGGUGAGAAUUUUUUACUAAACAUAUUUUUUGUAAUUUGUGAAUUUUAGCUCAUUUGCAAGAAGAUUUGGAGGAUUAUUCCAACUGCCCAUUCAUUUAUAAUGAGAAUAGAUUGAAUGGCAAAUUAACAACUGGAGUUGCUGAUAAAAGUGUUGAUGAUUUGCGUCUUUUGAUCAAAGAUAGAAUUGACAAGGAAAACGAGAUUGAUGUGAAUCUUGAUGUUUCAAAUAUCCAGACUUGUGCAAUUUCAAAUCAUAAACCUGGCGAAAUUUGGAAUAUGAAUGCGUGUGAGACUGAUGAUUAUUAUUCAAGAUUCGAGAAUAGUGGAGAAUUGGAAGAAGAAUUACGAGGAAAAGCAUUGUCGAAAAUUGCUAAAAAUUUUCAACGAUUUCGAAAUGAUAAUGCGAAAACGUGGUUAAAUGCUGAUGGAAGUUUACCUUCAACAUCUUCGAAUCAAGGUAAUCGUUUUUUUGUCAUUCUCAUACAAAUUUGGUUUUUUCAGCACCAAAAUUGCCCGAAAUCGACGGAACAAUUGAAAAUGAGGUCUGCAAUUAUUCUUUAAUAUUUCUGGCUUUGAUCAUAUUUCUUAUUAAUAUUUUCAAUAAAUUUCAUUUUUUUUUCAUAUUCCGUUUUUUGAAACCACCAUUAACAUCAAUUUUUUGAAUGAAAAAUGAUAAAAGAUAGAUUGUCUUUUUUUUAUUGAAAAGAAUAAAACAAAUUUCAGAACAUUUUGUACAUGAAAUAAUUAUGAAGGUUCGAAAAAGGUGUGCGAAAAAAAACGACUGAUAUUGUUGAUAAUAUUGAUUUGUAUUUGGUCGACGGAAUUGGAUCUGAAAAAGAAUACAUAUUUGAGAAAUAAUUACGAUAAUUUUGACACAUGUGAAUUUCAGUACUCCAGUACAAUUUCAGUAUAUUUAAAAAAUCGAUAAUUAGGCCCUUGGGGUCGGAAAAACCGCUUUUACAGCUGAAAAAGAUGUCACAACUCGGUGCAUGGAUCCAAGGUGUAGAUCUCAGUUCUCUGAAGCAACCCGAAUCCAGUCAACAACACCUUCCAAACCGUGGAUUGAUCAUUGCUUCAAAUGUUCUUCGAGGAUUGAAAGAAAUCAAAAAAGAUAUGGGACCAUUGGCUAAAAACACAAUUUUUGGUUCAACUGCACAACUAUUCCAAUAUUUAACAGGAGUGCACCCGAGCAGUUUGACAAAAACUCGCACAACUCGUGAACUUCUCAAAAAAUCGCGGAAAGAAAGAAGAAGAAGAGCAGCAGAAAAACUGAGUUCGGGAAAUCAAUUGAAGCUUGCUACUUUUCUUCAGGAAUGUUGGAAAGAAGAAAUACAAGUAACACUGGAAAAACUGCAAAGCUUUUUAUCGAUUGAAUGUAAUUUUGAUGUGUCCCAGACCUCCUUAAAUGACAUGAUGCACGGUCUUGGCUACACAUUUAGAAAGAAAUCAGGAACUCCGUUGAUUGAAGAAAGGGGUGACUUGAUAAUUUUGCGUGAAAAGUAUCUAUUUUUGGUAGAUGAGUUCGAAAAUGCCGCCAUUGAACCAUAUUUCGGAUAUUUUGACGAAACGUGGAUAUUUGAGGGCAUGACUUCGGAAUAUGAUUGGGCACAAAAAGAAGAAACAAUGUACAAAAUAGCCCGGAUGGGAGACAUUGAUCAAAAAAGAAGUGGUCCAGCGAAAGGAAAAAAUAAGGGGAAACGAGCGUAUGUUCUAGCUGUAAUGACAAGCGAUGGGAUUCUCCCAGGAUCAGCCAAAGUUAUUAUUCCUGGCGAAGACAAACAAUUGAUGGAUUAUCAUUCUAUGAUGACAGCAAAAUCAUAUGAAGAAUAUAUGGAAGAAAUAAUUCCUUUAUUUGUUGCUGAAGCCAGGAAACAGGGUAAAGUUCCAGUGAUGGUGAUUGAUAAUUCGCCUCUUCAUAAUGCAACAGUUGAAAAGGUACUUAAAAACGAUUUUUUUGUAAAAUCUAUUCAAAAUUUGAAAAUAUACUGAAAUUGAAUUAUUUUUGAAAAAAAAACGUCAAAAUCCGAAUUAUAAAAUCAGUGUUGAAACAGAUAUUAAACUUUCAAAAAAAUACUUGAUUUUGACAUGAUAAAUUAUUUCGUUCAAAAACUUAUAAAAACCCUAGUUUGUCAAAACUCUUCUUAGAUUCCUCAACGAAAUGCCAACAAAAGCGACUUGGUUGAUUUUUUGGCUAAACAUGGAAUAAGAACAAAACUGACAUGGACAAAAGCUCGUCUUCAACGAGAAUUCGAUAAUUUAUUAGCUGCUAAUGGAGGAAGAAAUGCAAUGAAAAAAUUCAAAGUUGAUGAUUGGGCAAUGAAAAAAUAUGGAUGUCAUUUUUUGAGAUUGCCGCCCUAUCAUUGUUGUUUCAAUCCAAUCGAAUUGGUUUGGGGAAAAAUGAAGGGCUGGUUAAAAUCACUAGGAAAAACAACAGAUCGCCUUCAAUUGGUAUAUUUAACAGAAAAUAUAAUUUUCUCAAUGUCAAUUCACAAUUAUAUUUAGGUGAAAGAACGAGCAGAAAAAUGGCUCGAUGAAUUGACAGCUACUGAAGCUCGCAACUUUAUUCGUAGAACAAAAUUCUUGGAAAAUUCUAUUCGAGAAAAAAUUAAGGAGAAAAAUCGAGCAGCCGCAGCUGCAUCCAAUACAAAUGCUCAAAAUACAAGUGAUAGUGAUGAUAAUGAUGAUAAUAAUGAUAAUGGUUGGUCAACUGAUGAUACACUCAGUGACUGUUCUACAACCACGUCACGACCACAAGAUUUGGAUGUGUCAGAUAUCGAUGAUUAA